UAUUUUUUUUCAUUUUUAUGUUUUGGUUGUUUGUUCUUCAAAUUUUAUCCAUGAAGCAGAGAUUCGAGACUUGUGAUUUGAACUGUAAAGACUAAAGUACAGCACGACGGCAGAGCUUAUUUGAGUAGUAAGUGAAUACCAAAGUUUCCUUCUCCGACGCAACCUCCAAAUUUACCUGCUCAAAUUUAACCGAUCAGUCAAUUCCCUUCAAACCUGGCUCCCGACAUCUGGAAACGCCUAUUCCCACCGGGAACCAGAAGAAGAGUCCCAAUCAUCCCCGAAAUCAGGACACUUCGCCGCUUUAAUCGGGUAAUGGACGUAAACGUGUUCAAAUUUUGUUCCGGCCUCAAAGUUCUCGGCUACUUGAUGAUUCUUCUAGUCGCCGGAAUAAUCGCCGUCUCCUACUACGCCGUGGUGAUUGUUACUUGGGGUCCCCAAUUGCUUCGCGGCGGUGCUCACUCUGUUUUGGCCUUCUUCAUGGUUGUACUGUUCCAUGUUCUGCUCGUACUGUUACUGUGGAGCUAUUUUAUGGUAGUGUUUAAGGACCCAGGUUCUGUACCCGUUAACUGGAGUCCAGUGGUGUUGGAGGAGAAUUUGGAGGGAGGAAGUUCCAUCAGUGAGUCGAAUUAUGGAGCGCCCGGGGCUUUGAGUUCCACACGGUCUGCAUCUGAGGCGUUGGAUGGAAGACCAGUUGUGGGGUUUUGCAAUCACUGCCAGAAUAGCAAGCCACCGCGUUGCCAUCAUUGCUCUGUUUGCCAAAGAUGUGUUCUUAAGAUGGAUCAUCAUUGUGUUUGGGUAGUGAAUUGUGUCGGAGCUCGAAACUACAAAUUUUUCCUUCUUUUCUUGCUGUAUACAUUUCUGGAGACAACAAUGGACACUCUAGUAUUAUUGCCUAGUUUUAUGAAGUUCUUUGAUGAAGCCAAGAAUCAUUCAAACUCCCCUGGCAAACUAGCAGUUCUAUUUUUGGCUUUUGUUCUUAAUUUGGCUUUUGCCCUCAGUCUUCUUUGCUUCAUAGUUAUGCAUGCUUCUCUUCUGUCAAGUAACACCACAUCUGUAGAGGUUUAUGAGAAGAAAGGAGCAGUCGGGUGGAAGUAUGACAUGGGCAGGAAGAAUAAUUUUGAACAGGUAUUUGGUGCAAAGAAGACACUAUGGUUACUUCCAUUGUUCUCUAAGGAAGAUUUAGAUAAUAUACCUGCACUGCAUGGCCUAGAUUUCCCAACCCGCUCUGAUGUUGAGGCUUGAGGCUAGCACAAACCUCUUUCCUUCAUUUCUGUUGUUGCAAUUUCUUGCGAUGUAUCCUUACUUUAUUCUUUCACUAUUUCGUCUAAACGAUAUCCUUACUUUCCCCUGUGUUUGAAAUUUUGGACAUAGAAGUCUUUAUACAUUGGAUGUGACUUCAGUGUGGGUAUCCUAGCAGGAGCCAAAUAGUUGAAAACUUACUCUUGCCUUACCAUAUGACAGUAACUGAUCGGUUGAUUACUUCAUUGCAAAAUUUGCACGAAUGUAUUUUUUUUGUCCCCAUAGAUACAGGGGAACUGGUGGGGGAAAGCGUGCUUGAAUGCAGGUCAGCCACGCAAAGCAUGAGAGCUAUUAACGCCAGGCUAAGCAGUCGAUAGAGAUGUAUACAAACACAACUUGUAUUAUUUCUUUAUAAAGGAUAUUUUUCUUUUUAAGAUUA